AUGGAAGACCCAACAGCAACCAGCACCGCCCGCCCCUCCACCACCACAACAACCACAACGGCCAACCCGCCCAGCGUCGAGAACGCCUACAAGCGCAAAUGCCUUGCGCUGAAGAAGCGCCUCAACGAGAUCGAGGACGAGAACGAGCUGAUGCGCGUCCGCAACCGCCGCGGCUGGCAGUACAUCCAGAAGAUGCGCCUGGAGUCGUGCAUCCUGCUCGAGCGCCUGGCCAAGGUCACCGGCAUGACCGAGGAGGCGUCCUCGCAGGCCGGGGCCGCCGCUGCCAACCCGGAGCUGCGGGCCCGCGCCGCCGCCCUAAUGGGCAAUGCCUCGGCGUUGAAUGGGCUGUCUGCGGCGGCGGCGGCGGAGGGGAAAGUUGGUGGUGCGGGUGCAGCGUCGGCGUCGUAUAUGGACGAUGAGACGGAGGGGAGUUCGGAUGAGCAGCCUCCUACUCCCCAAGAACGUCCCCUCCGCGUCAAACGAUCCCGUAAAUCCAACCUCCCCGACGGCACCGCCGGCGCCGACGACGACGAAGGCACCACUACCGCCGCAGCAACAGCAGCCUCCGGCGCCGGCGGCGCCGCGGGUGGCACUGACCCCGCCGAAAACAACAACAACAGCACCAGCAACAGCACCAGCAGCACCAGCGCCCUGCCCCGUCUGGCCCCCGCCCCAUCCCAGGACGACCUAACCACCUCCUUCCGGCUCCACGGCCAACACCCGGAAUCCGACGAGCGCGGCACAAGUCAGAACCCGGACUCGGGCUCAAGGGACACCCGCGCCGCCAACGACGAGGACGACGACGAAGAUGAUGACGACGAUGAGGCAGCAGCCGACGACGCGGAGGAUGUCGAGAACGAGGGCGGCGAUGCGUCGGUAGAGCCCGAGUCUACGCCGAUGGAUCUGGAUGCCAAGGAGCCGAAGGAGGAGAAUUAG